AUGGCCCUGCCCUUGCUUGCUGCAGAACGUCAAGCGUCGCCGGUCUGUGUGUGGGCGGGGCCCAGGUCCGGAGCUACUGCGCGACGGCCAGGAAUGGCUUCGACCGGGCACAAAGUUAAGGUAAAAAGGAGUUGGACGCAGCCAAGCCAAAAGCCUCUGAUCUUGGUUGGACAGGACCCGAUCAUCAGACGCUGCGCCGGGGAUUCACCCCAGGCAGCGCCACAACCACGUGACGGCGUCUCGAGCGCUGACCCUGAUGGCCCAUACAUGUACAGCAAGCUGUACCACGGUGAUAACGAGUCCCAGCUCAAGGCAAGGUGCUCGUACUGCUCGUACAGAGUAUCCUUUACCUCUCGCACACCGAUAUCCCAACAGCAUGAAUGUACAUGCACCGAUACGAGUACGGACAUGGUAUGGGAGCCGGCCAAAAGAGCAUCCCAACACCCCGUCUGUCAUAUCGCCGGUCUGGCUGGGGUCUUCGGUCAAAAACUCUGGGCGUCUUAUGCCUCCACGGUAGCAUUAAGAGUAGUACCAAUUAGUGUAGUACUGGAGCACGGUAAUACCUACUCCCAGCUCGAAUCAGCUCUACGUGCUGUUAACCUGAAGCCAUAUGCCAACCGUCUCAUCCCCCACGUAUCCUGA